CCUUUAUCGUUGUAAUUUUUAAACCUGUGAUUCUAAAGACUGUAUUAAUUGUGGCUCAUCGUGUGUAAAGCAGAUGCAGUGAAUUUUUUUCAGGGAGAAUGAGAGUAUAUGCAUUGAUAGUGUUCUGCUGUGUUUUUUCAGAUUCCUUCAGUAAAGUCCAGGAGCUGAAGGUGGAUGUGGACUUUCCUGGAGAUGAUAUUCUGCAGAUUUACUCCCCAGAUGUCCAGCACUGUCAGCUGGCCUGCACACAACACCCUUCCUGCUUGUUCUUCACGUUUUUACGCUCUGAUUGGAACAAAGAUAACAGGGCAUUUUACUGCUACCUGAAGCACACAGCCACUGGAUCCCCAUCUCAGGUUGCAGAGCUGAAGGGUGUGACCUCAGGCUUCAAACUCAUGCACCAGGGUAACAAAACAAAUAACUGUUUGCCAUCGACAUAUCAGGACCUAGAUUUCACAGGAUCAGACUAUGUCCAGUUGAACUUAAAUACUUCUGAUGAGUGCCAGAAGAAAUGCACCAGUGAUCCAGACUGCGCAUUUUUUUCAUUCACAACAAUGACCUUCCCACAUGCAGAAAACAGGAAAAAGUGCAUCCUCAAAUUCCGCUGGACUUUUCCAACACCAUCAGUACUCAUAAAAACACCGGGCCUUGUGUCAGGGUUUUCAGAUUCAUUGUAUAGGACUAAAGAAAAAUGUAAGGAGGAGAUCUUUGCUAACAUACACUACAGAGGAAAUGACUUUGAGAACAUCCCUGCUGUCUCACCUCAACACUGUCAGUUUUUGUGUAGCGCACAUCCCCGCUGCACACAUUUCACCUACACAACCUCCAAAUAUUCUACAGAGCCUGAAAUCAACAUGCAUUGUUUCCUAAAGCAUACAGACAGUGUAAGUGAGCUAGAGCCAGUAAAAGAAGAAGAACUUUUUUCUGGAUUUCCAACACGAAAUUGCACGCCCUCAAAUGUUUGGGUAACAGCACGCUAUGAAGGCCUGCACUUCUUUGGACAUGAUUACCGUGACUUUAAAACAAAUACAUCUGAGAUCUGUCGAGAAACGUGCACAAACGAUCCAGACUGCCAUUUUUACACUUAUGUCCUACCUUCUUACCGUGAUAAAGGCAUCAGGAAAAAGUGCUUCCUCAAAUACCGCUGGAGUGUUUCAACACCAUCAGUACUCAUAAAAACACCGGGUCUUGUGUCAGGGUUUUCAGAUUCAUUGUAUAAAACUAAGGGAUUAAAAGAAGAAUGUAAGGAGGAGAUCUUUGCUAACAUACACUACAGAGGAAAUGACUUUGAGAAUAUUCCUGCUGUCUCACCUCAACACUGUCAGUUUUUGUGUAGCACACAUCCCCGCUGCACACAUUUCACCUACACAACUUCCAGAUAUUCUACAAAGCCUGAGAUCAACAUGCAUUGUUUCCUAAAGCAUACAGACAGUGUAAGUGAGCUAGAGCCAGUAAAAGAAGAAGAACUUUUUUCUGGAUUUCCAACACGAAAUUGCACGCCCUCAAAUGUUUGGGUAACAGGACGCUAUGAAGGCCUGCACUUCUUUGGCCAUGAUUACCGUGACUUUAAAACAGAUACAUCUGAGAUCUGUCGAGAAACGUGCACAAACGAUCCAGACUGCCAUUUUUACACUUAUGUCCUACCUUCUCACCAUGAUGAGAAUAUCAGGAAAAAGUGCUUCCUUAAAUACCGCUGGACUUUUUCAACACCAUCAGUACUCAUAAAAACACCGGGCCUUGUGUCAGGGUUUUCAGAUUCAUUGUAUAGGACUAAAGAAAAAUGUAAGGAGGAGAUCUUUGCUAACAUACACUACAAAGGAAAUGACUUUGAGAACAUCCCUGCUGUCUCACCUCAACACUGUCAGUUUUUGUGUAGUGCACAUCCCCGCUGCACACAUUUCACCUACACAACUUCCAAAUAUUCUACAAAGCCUGAGAUCAACAUGCAUUGUUUCCUAAAGCAUACAGACAGUGUAAGUGAGCUAGAGCCAGUAAAAGAAGAAGAACUUUUUUCUGGAUUUCCAACACGAAAUUGCACUCCCUCAAAUGUUUGGGUAACAGGACGCUAUGAAGGCCUGCACUUCUUUGGCCAUGAUUACCGUGACUUUAAAACAGAUACAUCUGAGAUCUGUCGAGAAACGUGCACAAACGAUCCAGACUGCCAUUUUUACACUUAUGUCCUACCUUCUCACCAUGACGAGAAUAUCAGGCAUAUAUGUUAUUUGAAGCAAGUCAUGACUCUACCCAGACCUGAAAAGGUGGUGUACAAUUAUGGUGUGACAUCUGGCUUCUCUCUGAGGGACUGUAAAUCUAGUGGGAAUUAAUCUACUGCCCACAUUGCUAUGUUCCUUUAAGUGUUAUAAAAGCAGUAAUAGUCUUGAGUCUAGGCCAGAAAGAUACAAUGACAUGAAAUAUAGGACUAUUGAUUUUGAUGAUUGGUUGUUGAAAGCUAUGGUAAUCUGUGACUGUUUUCUGGAAACAAUAGUGUUCAGUGACUGGUGAUGUAUCUACUGGUGAAUGUACUGUCUCUAACCAGCAGCUGUGAUGUGAGUUCAAAUAUGUUCAAAACAUCACUAGAUUUGUCAUUUUCCUAUUUUUUAAAAUAACCACUAAUUUGUGGAGCAUUUCAUCUGAAUCACAUAAUUGGCAACAGUGUUCAUGGGAGAACACAUAAGUCUGUAGUCUCUUUGUUUAUGUCAAAAUAAGCCAAAAGAGCUUGUUUUACCUGAUGUGUAAGAUAAGAGAAAUGAAAAUAAAAAUGAAAAUGAAAAUAAAAAUCUCUGUGGAAUAAG